UGCGGCUCUGCGCCCCCGGCCGCGCUGACCACGCGCCCCGGCCCCGCCUGCGCCUGCCGCACCGAGAGCUCUUGGAUCUGAACAGAACAUCAGUAUUUCGGAGCCCCCUUGGAUCUCUUGAUCUCCACUCGAUGCUGCUGGAUGAAUACCAGGAACGGCUCUUCGUGGGGGGCAGGGACCUUCUGUACUCCCUCAGCCUGGAGCGAAUCAGCGAUGGCUACAGAGAGAUCCACUGGCCCAGCUCAGCACUAAAAAUAGAAGAAUGCAUAAUGAAAGGGAAAGACGCAAGCGAGUGUGCAAAUUUCGUGCGUGUUUUGCACCACUACAACAGGACACACCUCCUGACGUGUGGUACCGGGGCCUUCGAUCCACUGUGCACCUUCAUCCGAGUCGGCUAUCAUGCGGAGGAGCACUUGUUUCAACUGGAGUCUCACAGAUGGGAGCGAGGAAGGGGCAGAUGCCCCUUUGACCCCAGCUCCUCCUUCGUCUCCACCUUGAUUGGUGCCGACCUCUUCACCGGCCUCUACGGGGACUACUGGGGUCGAGACGCUGCCCUCAGCCGCAGCCUGGGCCACCUGGGCCACAUGCGCACCGAGCCAGAUGAUGAGCGGCUGCUGAAAGACCCCAAGUUCGUGGGCGCCUACAUGAUCCCAGACAACGAGGACCGCGAGGACGACAAGGUCUACUUCUUCUUCACCGAGCGCGCGCAGGAGGCCGAGGCGGAGCGCGGCACGCAGGCCCUUUUCGCCCGCGUGGGGCGGCUGUGCGUGAACGACGCGGGUGGGCAGAGGAUCCUGGUGAACAAGUGGGCCACCUUCCUGAAAGCCAGGCUGGUGUGCUCCGUGCCCGGCGGGAACGGGAUCGACACGCACUUCGAUGAAUUAGAGGAUGUUUUUUUGCUGCAUACCAGAGAAGAUAAGAACCCGGUGAUAUUUGGACUGUUUAACACUACCAGCAACAUCUUCAGAGGACAUGCUAUCUGUGUCUAUCACAUGUCCAGCAUCCGGGCAGCCUUCAAUGGGCCAUAUGCACACAGGGAAGGUCCUGAGUAUCACUGGUCACUCUACGAAGGGAAAGUCCCCUACCCAAGGCCUGGUUCCUGUGCCAGCAAGGUGAACGGAGGAAGGUAUGGGACCACCAAGGACUACCCCGACGACACCAUUCGGUUUGCAAGGAGCCAUCCACUAAUGUAUCAUCCCAUCAAACCCGCCCAUAAAAAGCCAGUAUUGGUGAAGACAGAUGGAAAAUACAACCUGAAACAGAUAGCAGUGGACCGAGUGGAAGCCGAGGAUGGCCAGUAUGAUGUCUUAUUCAUCGGGACAGAUGCUGGAAUUGUGCUCAAACUCAUCACAAUUUACAACCAAGAAACAGAAUCUAUGGAAGAAGUAAUUCUAGAAGAACUUCAAAUAUUCAAGGAUCCAGUUCCUAUUAUUUCUAUGGAGAUUUCUUCAAAGAGACAGCAGCUGUACGUCGGGUCCCCCUCCGCGGUGGCUCAGGUCCGGCUCCAUCAGUGUGACGUCUACGGCCGCGCCUGCGCAGACUGCUGCCUGGCGCGGGACCCCUACUGCGCCUGGGACGGGGUCUCCUGCUCGCGCUACUUCCCCACGGGCACUCAGGCCAAGAGGCGGUUCCGUCGACAAGACAUUCGGCAUGGAAAUGCAGCGCAGCAGUGUGUGGGGCAGCAGUUUGCUGGAGAUGGUUUGGAUAAAACCGAAGAGCACCUAGUUUAUGGCAUCGAGAACAACAGUACCCUGCUGGAAUGCACCCCACGGUCUUUACAAGCCAAGGUCAUCUGGCUAGUACAGAAAGGACAUGACACAAGGAAAGAAGAGGUGCGGACGGACGACAGGGUGCUGAAGUUGGACCUGGGGCUGCUCUUCCUCCGGCUGCGCAGCUCAGACGCCGGGACCUACUUCUGCCAGGCCGUGGAGCACGGCUUCGUGCACACGGUGCGCAGCCUGGUGCUGGACGUGCUGGAGGAGCGCGGCGUGCACGUGAUGUUCGGCAGGGACCCCCGCGAGGCUGGGCCCCACAGGGCGCGCUGCCCGGCCCCCAGCAGCCUGGCGCCCGCCGCCCGGCCCUGGUACAAGGAGUUCCUGCAGCUCCUCGGGUACAGCAACUUCCAGCGGGUGGAGGAGUACUGCGAGAAGGUGUGGUGCGGCAAGAGGAAGACAAGGAAGCUCAGGGUGUCGGCGUCCAAGUGGAAGCUCCCCGGGACCCCAGACAAGAGGCCGCGCGCCCCGCCCGAGCGCUACCGCCUGCCCCGGCACGCGAGGGGCUCCUGAGCCGCUGCCCCGCGCAGGAGAGCCUGAACGGCGGGGGACAAGCUAUUCUGCACACUCAGGAGACCGGACACACCUCUCCUACUGUUAACUGGUUUUUAAACAAGCACACUGCUUCCUAGUUUCACAUUUUAUUUAUCAGAGAAAUGGCCAUAGCCGUAGUUUGGAGCUUGAGCUCUUUCCAUGGAAAUUGUCAUUUUAGCCUCAGAAGACUUAAGAUUAUUAGAAUGUUGAAGGAAACAGAGAAUGUGCAAUCAUGGAAAAUAUAAAAAUAAGUGUUUAAGGUUCCUAAGUUUUUGCUUUCCACCAUGACCAGCAGCUCUUUUAACACUCUAAUUGGACUUUCUGUCCUCUGCAUGAUAUGAAUUAUUGUGCUAAAGUUGUCUAAGUCCAGGAAUCUCAAAAGCAGGUGUGUUGCGAUUGCUGUGAACGAGGAGAGAACAUCAUGGGCCCUUUCAUGAAACGGUCCCCCACCUUGUGUGGAAUCUUCCUGUUUUACAAGAGAAUGCAUUCUUUAAAUUUCACCCCAGUGUGGAAAGAAGGAAAUUGAUUCCUCAGAAAGAUGUCAAAGAUGUCCACACCCAGAGUAUGGAUAGUUAGAAUUCUCACUGAAAGAUUUUUGCUGCCCUCUUGUGACCAUAAAAGUAAGGAAAGAUUUGAAAGCAGCGUAUGAGUAAAUAAAUAUAGCUAGCCCUUUUCCAGAAAGAGCCAACUGAAAUGAUAAAUGUUAAUCUUAUGUCAUGCUUUUAGAUGGAGAUAAUGUUUAUAGAUAAUUCUUUACUUUCCAAGUCAAAAAUGAUAUCACAAUACUGAAACUCCAUUAAAACUCAAACUUUGAAGCUUUCUAAAAAAUCAUCCUUGAAAGUUUAAAGAUAUUCUGGAAAUAUAAUUUAUUUGUGAAAAAUGUUAAAACAUUUUGUUCUCAGAUAUCAAAUUGUCUUCUGUGUUAUAUGACCCAGAGGGAAUUGUUUCACGAGUUCAAUUAACUACUGAGAUAUUCAGAGCAUUUUCACUUUUGUCUUAGAAACAUUGCCAAAGUUUACAUUUUUGAGAAUGUUUAUUUCUCAGAGGCUUUUUUUUCCUAUUUUAAAUAUUUAGCAGUUACCUUUCUGAAAUAUAAAUUUGCAAGACAUUUGCAUUUAAACAAAAGCAAAAGCAAGUGCAUUACACAUAAAACAAUUAUGCAUAUUUAUUUACAUGUUUAAUGUAUAUAUUUAUCUUAGCUUUCAGAGUUAUAGGCUAUAUAACUAAGAAGCUAAACUGUUGAUACUUGGUUCUUGCUGACAGCCUUAUUCUAAAAUUAGUAAGUGCAUAAAUAUCUCUGAGGAAGUUGAAGAAGUGCUUUGGACAGUUCUGCAGGUUUCAGAUCUACUGGGUACAAACACGUGGGAAAUGGACAGGCACUGAAAAGCCCAGCUGCUGUUUGCCUCAGGUCCACAGGACACCACUGCUGCCACCAAGACUAACUGGAAACAGCUGGUCCUGAGAGUUAUCUUCUUAAACUGCAUUUCAGUAAAAACCUGCCCAGUUUGGGAAACUGGAAGCAUAGGCACAGAUCACAGGCCUUUUACCAAAGUUUAUAUCCAAGAUACUCAGAAGGUGAUCAAGUAAGUCAAUAAAGGACAAUUUGUUGACAAUAUUCUUUCAUUAAUACAUGAGAAGGAAAAACAGGACCUUCUACUUGUGAAUUCUAAUAAAUGAAUAAGGCAGAUUUGGCAUAAGUAGCUAUCAUUUUAAUCUCAAUACACACAGGAGCAAUUGAUGACAGUGAUGCUGCAUGUGAACUAAAUAAGGCUUUUAUUUAAUGACGUGUUAAGAACUAAUGCAUAUACACUAUUCAACUAAAGUAAAAUUACUGUUAACCAGAAUAUACACAUUUUAUGUAAAAUCUAAAGGCAAUUCUUGGAAAAUAAAUUUAGUCUCAAGUGUAAAAAUGCUCAAUUUGAAAAAAAUUUGAUAAAAUUUGGAGGGCUCAGGUCCAAAGUUAGGGAGAAUACUAAAUUACACAGGGGUACAUAUAUUCAUGUAUCGUGUACCUGGCUACUUGCCUAUUUACAGUAGUAGCUGGAGAAUGGGAGAGUAGAGUGAGGAUGAAGAGGACAGAGCAGAGAGAGAGGUUUUCAAAGAUGUGUCCGGUGUCCCACUGAAUUCCCCCCCCCGCCCGCCCCCCCGCACAUUCGCGCCCACGCCGCUCCAGGAGCACGAAGCUGAUAGAGAAUCUCAACCUCCCAGCCCAGUUCCAAAAGGACAUUGUCACAUGGAAGUCCCCCCUUCUUUAGCCAGAGAGGCCUCCAGACUAAAACGGAGCUCCUCCUCACCACAAGCGGAGGCGCCCUCCUCCCUCAGUGCUGCUCACUGCUGAGCUAGAGAGCGAGAUUGCUUUGGAGACUUUCAAUCUCAAAGGCAUUUCCUUCGUGAUGCGGCAGGCCCUUCCCAUCUCUAACUUUCCACAUUGCCAUCUUUUUCUUUUGUGCUCGUUACCGAAUGUUUCAGGUGCAAACCUAUCAACUUGGAGAAACAGGGAUUCAAAAUAGAAAAGAACACUCACAAAUCUAGGAAAAAUGCAAAUAGAAAGUCACUGCCUGUUUAGUAAAAGGCCAUUCCGUAGCUAUGUUAGAGCUUUAUCUUCCUUUCUAAAAACAAUUAAAUCAUUAGGAAGUUUUCACUGUUUAAUAUUUGCUGUAGGGUGUGUGUAGGGUUUUGUAAAUCUUCAUAGUGAUUAUGAAUAUCUGUAAAAUUUGUACAGUACAGUAAAUCUUUUGGAGUGUUAAUGUUAAGCAUGAAAGCAACACAGCAGCUGUUGUCCUUAAAAAUGAACUGUCCUUUAACCUGUCAAAUAAAAAAGGGUUUCGUGUUGUGGAGAUACCUGAGAUCCCGGGAGAAAGUGCUACACUUGUCAUAACACUAAGGGGUCCAUUUAUUUUUCUCACAGCAGAGCACCACACUGAGUUACAUUUUAAAAGAAGUGCUUAUUUUUCAGGCCAACAAUUGCUGCCUUUGAAUCGACAGAAACAACAGGUUUUUCACAAACACUCGGUCAUAGCAGCGUUAUUUAAGCUGGUAUUUUUUUCCCUUGGGAAGAUAGCUUUAUGUAUUGCCUUUCAUUACAAUCUGAAUGUGUUCCAUUUGUGUUUAAAUGGCUUAGUUAUAAGCUACAGCACUAUGCUAGGGUAUUUUUGUCUCUAUGGUAUCCUGACACUUGCUCUGUGGGGUCCAAAUGAUUUCCUUUCCCUGAUCUCAGCUGUGAGACAUACUCACGUCUAGUGGCAAUGCUUCUGGGACUGAUGACAAACUGGAUCUACCACGCCAUGCCACACAGUUUGUCUGUACCAUUAUGGACAAUUUCUUUUGGUUUGAAUCAUAUGAAAGAGAAAUAAAUAUUCAUCAAACACUUCA